AUGCGCGGCGUCGUGGCCCGCGACGGCAAGUGCGUCGUCGUCGACGUCGAGGAGCCGGUGUGCACGCCCGACGACCUCAUCAUCGAGGUCAAGGCGACGGCCGUGAACCGGCUGGACACGCUGCAGCGCAAGGGCAAGGCCAAGCCGCCGCCCGGCGCGAGCGAGGUGCUGGGCCUCGAGGUCGCCGGCGUCGUCGCGGCCGUCGGCGCGAACGCGGAAGCCUUCGCCGUGGGCGACGAGGUCUGCGCGCUCGUGUCCGGCGGCGCGUUCGCGGAGCGCGUCGCCGUCGACGCGCGCGCGGUGCUGCGGAAGCCGAAGAACCUGAGCUUCCGCGAGGCCGCGGCCGUGCCGGAGACGUGGCUGACGGCGUUCCAGCUGCUCUUCCUCGUCGGCGCGCUGGCGCCGGGCGAGUCCGUGCUCCUGCACGCCGCGGCGUCGGGCGUCGGCUGCGCGGCGACGCAGCUCGCGGCGAAGCACGGCGGCCGCGUCGUCGCGACGGCGUCGAGCGAGGCCAAGUGCGCCGUCGCGACGCGCCUCGGCGCGGUCGGCGCGGUCGCGGCGCCGCGCGUCGGCGGCGCGACGGCCCAGUGGCUCGAGGGCGCGGUCGCGGCGAACGGCGGCAAGGGCUUCGACGUGAUCCUCGACUGCGUCGCGUCGACCUACGCGUCGCAGAACGUCGAGGCGCUCGCCGUCGACGGCCGCUGGGUGUUGUAUUCCGUGCUCACGGGCCCGAAGCUCGACGACGCGGUCGCGGCGACGUUCCUCGGGAAGCUGCUCGCGAAGCGCGCGUCGCUGCUGGCGACGACGCUCCGCGCGCGGCCCAUCGCCUACAAGGCCAAGCUCGUCGCGGCCUUCGACGCGGCGACGCGCUUCCAGGCGGGCUUCGACGGCUACGAGGUCGUCGUCGACCGCGUCUUCACCGGCCUGGACGCCGCGCAGGACGCCCACGACUACAUGGAGUCCAACGCGAACGUCGGCAAGAUCGUCGUGGAUCUGGAGUAG